CCGAUCAUAUCACAUCAGCUGCCCCGUCAGUAGUCAUUCUCUCUCUCUCUGUGCAGGUCCAGUCCUUCUAGGGUUUUGCUUGUUGGCGGGAACUCAGAAAAGCUAAAACCCACGACUUGAAUUCUCCAUAGAGUCAGGGGGAGGUGACCGGAACAGCGACGGCGAGGACAUGGGGAAGGACGAAGAGGAGAUGAGGGGGGAGAUCGAGGAGAGGCUGAUCAACGAGGAGUACAAGAUAUGGAAGAAAAACACCCCCUUCCUCUACGACCUCGUCAUCACCCACGCCCUCGAGUGGCCCUCCCUCACCGUCGAGUGGCUCCCCGACCGGGAGGAGCCGCCCGGGAAGGAUUACUCCGUCCAGAAGCUGAUACUGGGUACGCACACCUCCGAUAACGAGCCCAAUUACCUCAUGCUCGCCCAGGUCCAGCUCCCCCUCGAGGACGCCGAGAAUGACGCCCGCCACUACGAUGACGACCGCCCCGACGUUGGUGGGUUCGGGUGUGCCAAUGGGAAGGUACAAAUUAUUCAGCAAAUAAAUCAUGAUGGGGAGGUUAACCGGGCUCGAUACAUGCCCCAAAACCCUUUUAUAAUUGCAACUAAGACAGUUAGUGCAGAAGUUUAUGUUUUUGACUACAGCAAGCACCCAUCAAAGCCUCCACUAGAUGGAGCGUGCAAUCCUGAUUUAAGGUUGAGGGGCCACAGUACUGAGGGCUAUGGUUUAUCUUGGAGCAAGUUCAAGCAGGGACACCUGCUGAGUGGUUCUGAUGAUGCUCAGAUUUGCUUGUGGGACAUCAAUGCGACUCCCAAGAACAAAGCUCUUGAUGCUAUGCAAAUUUUUAAGGUUCAUGAAGGUGUGGUGGAGGAUGUAGCGUGGCAUCUGAGACAUGAAUACUUGUUUGGGUCUGUUGGUGAUGAUCAGUACUUGCUAAUAUGGGAUCUCCGUACUCCAUCAGUCAGCAAGCCAGUUCAAUCAGUGGUUGCUCAUCAGAGUGAGGUCAAUUGCUUGGCUUUCAAUCCCUUCAAUGAAUGGGUUGUUGCAACGGGCUCCACUGACAAGACUGUUAAGUUAUUUGAUCUACGCAAGAUCAGCACUGCACUUCACACCUUCGAUGCCCACAAGGAAGAGGUUUUCCAGGUUGGGUGGAAUCCGAAGAACGAGACAAUUUUAGCUUCUUGCUGCCUUGGCAGAAGGCUCAUGGUGUGGGAUCUCAGCAGGAUUGAUGAAGAGCAGACGCCAGAGGAUGCAGAGGACGGGCCACCGGAGCUGCUCUUCAUUCAUGGGGGCCACACGAGUAAAAUAUCGGAUUUCUCAUGGAACCCGUGUGAGGACUGGGUCAUCGCCAGUGUAGCAGAAGACAAUAUACUCCAGAUUUGGCAGAUGGCGGAGAACAUUUACCAUGACGAGGAUGACGUUCCGGGGGAAGAGUCCACCAAAGCCUCCUGACCUAGUGCACGAGCAAAAUUGAUCGUGUCUCCAUUAAUUAUUUCAUACAAUCAACUGGAGGGAACCGAUUCCAUGUUGUCGUCUUUGUUUUUAUGGUGACUGUUUUUGUUUGGCCUUAGCUUAUUGUGGUGGUAGAGCGGUGCUGCGUUUGUAGUGUACUAGUAGCUGCCCUUGUCUGGGUAAAUGUGUAGUGCAGGGAAGGUCCUCUUUUGUACAUGUUUUGAAACUGUUGUUAGAUUGUGAAAUUGCAAAAUCGAGUUCUAUCUUCCGUGGGCUGUCUUUUUCA